GGUAAAUAAAGCGGUCUCGUGACAGUGCUCUCAUUACACUCCACUAAUUUCUCUGAACCGUCCAAUCAUCUUUUAUGGAAACUGUAUCGUCUGCCUCAAAAUGAUGCUAGGAAAAACUAUAGUAGUUACUGGGGCCAACAGUGGCAUAGGAAAAGCUACAACUGUUGAAAUGCUAAAGCAGCAGGGACGCGUUAUCAUGGCUUGUCGCGACCAAGUUAGAGCUGAAGAGGCUGUUCGGGAAAUCGUGAAGGAGGCCGGUCCGGAUAACGGGGAAGUGCUGAUCAAAUACCUGGAUCUUGCUUCUCUUAAAUCAGUACAUACGUUCUGUGAAGAAAUCAUUAAGGAAGAACCAAGGAUUGACGUGCUGAUUAACAAUGCUGGAGUAUACCAGUGUCCUUACACCAAGACAGAAGACGGCUUUGAGAUGCAGUUUGGGGUAAAUCACCUGGGACACUUUCUUCUCACCCACCUCCUGCUGGAACUUCUGAAGCAGUCUGCCCCAAGCCGUAUCGUUGUGGUGUCCUCCAAACUCUACAAAUAUGGUGAUAUAAAUUUUGAAGAUCUGAACAGCGAGCAGAGCUAUGACAAGGCCUUUGCUUAUGCCCGCAGCAAGCUAGCCAAUCUUCUUUUCACUCAUGAGCUUGCACACCGUUUAGCCGACACAGGGGUAACUGUCAAUGCCCUCACCCCAGGGAUUGUGAGGACAAACCUAGGGAGGCACAUCCACAUUCCUCUCUUAGCCAAACCACUCUUUAACCUGGCCUCAAGGGCCUUUUUCAAGAGUCCUCAGGAAGGAGCGCAAACAUCAGUGUACCUGGCCUGCUCCCCUGAUGUGGAAGGUGUCCAAGGGAGAUGCUUUGCCAACUGUCAGCCACAGGAGCUGUUGCCAAAGGCUACAGAUGAGGACAUUGCCAAGAAACUGUGGGACAUCAGUGAAGUUAUGGUCAGAAUAACAACAUGAAAUCCUCAUAAUGGUCUGCUCUUUAUCUUUUAUGUGUGUGUGUGCGUGUGUGUGUGUGUGUGUGUGUGUGUAUCUGUGUGCACAUCUGCGCAUUUGACAAUUUAAGGAAAGCACAUUGUGAUUUUUACUCAGAGUGUCUGAUUGGUACACUAAUAGCCAGUUGGAGUGGCCAACCAAGAGAAGAAUGCCUUUGAAAACACCAAAGAGUGCCUCUCACUAACACUGUUGUAACAACGCAAUCCAAUUCAAAAGUCUCGAUCUGCGACUGAAUGUUUAAUAACUUCCUAUGCAAGUGUUGUUUUGGCUUAGUUAUCUUAUAGAUAAUAAAUCAAGGUGUAUUGGUGUAAAAACCUGACUGAUAAUGUUUAAUGAUAUCUCAAUUAACUUUGACAUUUGAUUUUAAUUUAUAUCUGUAUCUCAGUGUGUGUGUGUGUGGCUGACCUCACAUAUUGUUGAUGAAAGCAGGUUAAUCAAAUUAAUGUCCUGUGUAUUGUGUUUAUUUUAUGAUAAUUCUCAUUCUUCAUCAAACCAGCGAGUCCAAGUUAAUAUGGCAGAAUGAAGAGUAAUGAGGAAGACUCACUUCAUGUGUGAUCUACUCAGUCGGUGUUGAUUUGUUCAGGUCACAUACCUUGGAUCUGAAUAUUAUAUCAUAAAUAAGCACAGUUAAAAAUGAAGCUGCUUAUUACUGGCCUCAUUUGCUGACUGAUUUUGGUAAAGCUGCUACAAACCAGUAUAUUUUCAAAGUUCACUUGGGCUCUAAUUAACCAUGCUGGUACUUGGUACUGUACCAUGGUUAUGCAUUCUUUUGCACAUACAGUGCAUACAGCUAUUAGUGGGGAAUGUUUUCCCUUUGCAUUAACGGUAGAUUAAGUGUCCCUGUCGAAAUGGUAGCAACUUUCCCCAAUGCAUUUCUAAUGCUUUUACCACCUGCAACUGUCAUUAGUGCAUUUACUGGAUCAUUUGGAGAGAGCACUGACUAGCCAGAAAACAUUUAAGAUCCAAGGAAGGCUGAAUUAAUCUGAUCCAGCCUUGCCACAGAAUAAGGGAGGUCUCGGUGCAUUCACUGUGGAAGCCAAAGCCUGUUUGUUUUACAAAUAAAGAAAAUGACUGAAAUUAGGAGAGUUAAGGCCUCUAAUGAUGCGUUCCACAAUGAUGCCACAUCAGCGGUGGUAUUCUCUGCCAAAAUGCUACGAUUACUUAUCGUGUGAGCUUUCAGGAGGGUAGACAACCACCAUCAACAAACAGGGCCAGUCUGUUUCCAUUUGAAACCGAGAAGCUCCUUUUUCAUUCAUUGCUUUUUCCUGUCGGCUUUUGUCACGAAGGUUCUUCAAGCUUUACACAGCUUUCAUUUCCAGCUUGAGAUUGGUAUUCUCCCAAAAAUCUACCCCCCUCAGUGUGGCACAGCAUAUUUACAAGGCAAGUGGCUGCUAGAUGUAGAGACAGAGAGAGAGAGAGAGAGAGAGAGAGAGAGAGAGAGAGACAUUGGCACAGUUAUAACGUGUCAACUCAGAAAUAAUAGCUGCAAACAAAUAAUAACUAAGUAGACAAUUGUAAUAUAUAAUGACUUCAUCCAACAUGUCUUAUCUUUUAUGGUCACCAUUACUCAGAUGUGUGUAACUUUUUACUGACUUUUUUACAUUCAUGAAAAAGUUUAAAAUGUUGCCAUUUUUAUAUGCCACUAGGAUUUUAAUUCUGAAUCCAUUCAGGUUUUUUACCUCAGAACACCCAAUGUCAUAAUUCUUGUAAGGAUCACCGAUUUCAUUCUCUGAAUAUUUAGUUUCCCCCUCUGCUAGACAGCAUUAUUUUUCCUAAUUUGUGUGCUUAUGCUGGUUGUGGCCUCCAAGUAAAGCAAAGAACUCCCAUCAAGUUUAUCGUCCAGUGAGUUUGUUUUACAUGA